CUGCAGACAGUCGCUGCGUCACGGAGAAGAGCUAACGGGACACUCUGAGUUAUACAGAGAGACGCACAGAGACGGACAGACGGACAGGCGGACCGUGUUAGCGGGGACAGAGCAGAGACAGCAGAAUAAGGCCCCAAACUAUUGAUUCCUGCACAGUGUUGACACACAAGACCAAAUAUAGAGAUGGUGUUCAGAGGCACAAUUACAGAUGCUCCAGACUUUGACCCCAGCGCUGAUGCUGAGGCUCUUUACAAUGCCAUGAAAGGCAUGGGUAGUGACAAGGAAGCCAUCUUGGACCUGGUCACCUCAAGAAGCAGUGCACAGAGGCAGGAAGUCAUUGCAGCAUACAAGUGCAGCUUUGGAAAGGACCUGAUUGAAGACUUGAAGUAUGAGCUGACUGGCAAAUUUGAGCGUCUCAUCGUCAGUUUGAUGAGAACUCCAGCCUACCAUGACGCCAAAGAAGUCCAUGAUGCAGUCAAAGGAGCUGGAACAAACGAGAAGUGCCUGAUUGAGAUCUUGGCAUCGAGAAACAACAAACAGAUACAAGACAUGGUUGCAGCAUACAAGGAUGCCUAUGGCAGAGACAUGGAGGGGGACAUAAUCAAGGACACUUCAGGUCACUUUAAGAAGAUGCUGGUUGUUUUAAUGCAGGGGACCAGAGACGAGUCAGGAGUGGUGGAUGCAGACUUGGUGGAGCAGGAUGCACAAGACCUGUACUCUGCAGGAGAAGAGCAGUGGGGGACUGAUGAGGCCAAAUUCAUCAUGAUCCUGGGAAGCCGCAGUGUGACCCACCUUCGCAUGGUUUUCGAUGCGUACGAGAAGAUCGCAGAAAAGUCCAUUGAGGACAGCAUAAAGAAUGAGUUAUCUGGAGACUUUGAGAGGCUGAUGCUGGCUGUUGUCCAGUGCAUAAGGAGCGUUCCCAUGUUCUUUGCCAAGUGCCUUUACAAGUCAAUGAAGGGUCUCGGAACAGUGGACAACACCUUGAUUAGGAUCAUGAUUUGUCGAUCUGAAAUAGACAUGUUGGAUAUUCGAGAGUUUUUCCGCCUCCGAUAUGAGAAGUCACUUUACAACAUGAUUAAGGAUGACACAUCAGGCGAUUACAAGAGGACUCUGCUUAAUCUGUGUGGAGGAGAUGAUGACUUAGCUGGAGAGUUCUUCCCUGAAGCUGCUCAGUUAGCCUACAAGAUGUGGGAAUUAAGUGCCAUGGCCAAAGUCCAGCUGAGGCCAACAGUUCACCCCUCAACCAAUUUUGACCCUGCUGCUGAUGCCCAAGCACUGAGGAAAGCCAUGAAGGGAUUUGGAACAGAUGAAGAUGCAAUUAUUGACAUUGUUGCGCAGAGAAGCAAUGCUCAGAGGCAAGAGAUCAGACAAGCAUUCAAAUCCUUACUGGGAAGGGAUCUAAUGAAAGACCUGAAAUCUGAACUGUCCAAGAACUUAGAGAGGCUGAUCAUUGGGCUGAUGAUGACUCCUGCAGAUUUUGAUGCCAAAAUGAUGAGGAAGGCAAUGGAGGGCGCUGGGACAGACGAACACUCUCUCAUUGAGAUCCUGGUCACCAGGAACAAUGAGCAAAUACUUGCCAUGAACGCUGCCUAUCAGGACGCCUAUAAGAAGUCUCUGGAGAACGCCAUCCAGUCAGAAACAUCAGGCCACUUCUGCCGCAUCCUUGUUUCUCUUGUACAGGGUGCGAGAGAGGAAGGCCCUGAAGAUGUGGAAAGAGCCAAUGCAGAUGCUCAGGAACUUGCUGAGGCAUGCAAUGCAGACUCUGAUGAUAUGGAGAUGAAGUUCAUGAGUAUCCUGUGCACCAGGAGCUUCCCCCAUCUCAGGAGAGUAUUCCAGGAGUUUGUAAGAUACACCAAUAAGGACAUUGAACAAAUUAUCAAAAAAGAAACGUCUGGGGAUGUGAGAAAUGCCUUUUUUGCUAUAGUCCGCAGUGUGAAGAAUCAGCCCUCUUAUUUUGCCGACCGUUUGUACAAAGCCAUGAAGGGCCUCGGCACAGAUGACAGAGCGCUGAUUCGCAUUAUGGUGUCCCGUAGCGAGGUCGACCUUUUCAACAUUCGCAAAGAGUUCAAGGACACACAUGAAGUCUCCCUCCAUGAAUUCAUCCAGGUAGAAACUAUGCUUAGUGACACAUCAGGAGACUACCGUAAAACCCUGCUGCUGCUCUGUGGAGGGGAAGAUUAAACCGCGCACGUCCAUGCAGCUUUGUUCACAGGUUUCUGUGACAAAUCACGAGUCGCAGAGUGAAACUGUGGCAUUAAACGUCAGCAUCUAUUGUUCUCAACUGCUGCCACUCCUUAGCCAAACAGAGUGACCUCCCAGCCCUCCAUGCCAGUUAUCUGCUCUAACAUUGGAUCGUCCUGUAAAUCCGGAUGAUGUCUUUCUUUUUUUACAAAGUCAUACGUAACUUUAAGAUGUCCUAAAUAUCACUUGAACACCAUAUUUCAGACUAGUAAGUGCUUAAGCAGUGCCUUUAGAUUGUUGGCAAUCCAAUGAUUACUGUGAUUGUAAGCUGUCCGAUCAAUAAAAUUAAACUGUGUCUCUA